CGCUGGUUUACGACACAACGCGAGGUAAAACUCGUGUAUUGAGCAGACGACCAGCGAACAACAAAAGCAAGAUGGCGGACUCGGAUGAACUCGAAAUUCCCGUCAAGUUAAAAGCGAUUCGCCCGUACGUUCUGCUGGCAAGAGAUCACGACAAAAGGGACCCACUGGUCGCCUACUUUUGCAGGCGUUAUGCAAUGGAAACAGCCCUUGCACUGGACAAACAAGACAAAUCUCCAGAGCAUAGGGCGUUUUUAUUUUCGUUAAUGGACAGGCUAGAAAAGUCCAAGCAAGAGUUGACUCCUAACGAGAUCUUGAGCAAUGAGCUGGCGUCCCAGGCACACGUCGAAAACUGCUCCUUGAAGAUAUUUGUGUAUGCAGACAAUGAGGACAGGGCAGGCAGAUUCCACAAGGCAAUGGUAAAGUCAUUUUACAAGUCUGGUCUCCUCUUCGAUGUCAUGCAGACAUUUGGAGAACUGUCGGACGAGCUGCAGCAAACAAAAAAGUACGCCAAAUGGAAAGUGACGCACAUCACCAGCUGUCAGAAGCGAGGAGAGACACCACACGCAGGGCCGCUGGAUGAGGAAGGGGAAGAGGGUGCCAUGGCGCCCGGCAACCUCUCCUUCCCCGUCCCCCCAGGUGUGCCAUCAGGAGCCUCCUCAUUCCCUCCCCCGGACCCCAGCAGCCAGCAGCCUGGCCCCGCCUACCCUCCUGUCAAUCCGAAUCUCAUCCCCCCUGGGAUGCAUGCCCCGCCCACCACGCCGGAGCAGCCUGGGACGUUCCAAGGGGGUAUCCCGGGCCCCCAGCCUACACCGCCCUCAGUUGGCGGCCAGAAUUCAAACACAGGAUUCCCCAAGUUAUCGACGGAUGAUUUCGGCAAAGCACAGAAGUACUGCAAGUAUGCUGGCAGCUCGCUACAAUAUGACGACAUACCGACGGCAGUGGAUUAUCUAGAAAAGGCGUUAAGGUUGCUCAAAACGGGAAAGGAAUAACCGAACAGUUGGAACCAAUAAGCCAGGUCGGUAUUUCAACUGCGCAUGCGCACAAUGAUAUGGGUCACGGGUCAUUUAUCGAAGGCGUGCGCGCGAACGCGCAUGGAGAAGGUAGCACCACGCUCGCACGUUAAGUACAAGCAGAAAUGGCGUUCGGGUAACAUCACGUCAGCGAUUUCAUCCUGAAUGACCUUUGACCUGGACUACUUCAUCGAGAUAUCGAACUGGCUUAUUGUGUAGGGCUGCUUAGUGCAGAAAUCUGCUAAGCACCGCAAAUAUCUGCUUAGCAGAAACAGGUUACCAGCCAAAAUGCGAUGCAGUGUGUAUUGUUUAUGGGCAUUCAAGCUAAGCAUUAAAAUUUGCUAAGUGGUAUUUUCUGCUCAGCAGAAAUUGGGCCUCCGUGGUAGGAUAUCCAAGCCUCUGUGAAAUAAUCCCUGUCAGAUUCCCUGAAGCAUGUUCACAAGAUUAUUUAUAUGCAUCAUCAGCACCAGACUAAAAUUUAGACAACUUUAUAAAAAGGCAUUUCUCAAGCCAUGGGUUUGUCUCCAGGUGUGGCACAGACAUCUUAAUUUUAGCCCCUGACUUUGGCGAUUGCUGCUCAACAUGGAUCGAUUUUCCCCUAUGAGAACUUAGGAAGAUGUGGUUAAAUAAUCUAUUCAGGCAACAUUUGUUGUUAGUUGGUUCGUUAAGUCAAUCAUUAAGUUCUGCAGAUGGUUUUUGGGUCAAAAAUAGAGCCGAACCUGGGGACAAAACCAGGAUUUGAAAAAUGGCCAUAGCUUUGAUAGGGGACAGACUGUUAGGGUUACUUGUUCAACUGGGUCGGAAAUGUUUAAAAGAUUAUUUAACCUUUAAGUGAAUGACAACAAAAUUAUAAAUUUAUUGGUUUGAAUCGUGAUAAAGACGAUGGUUGUGUGAUUGAUUGUGUGAUAAUAAUGAUGAUGAUGAAAAGUUCUGUGGCAAAAAAUUGUGAAAAUUGUAACAUAUGCAAAUCAUAAGGAUUGACAUUCAAUGCACAAAUGACACAUCACCAGUAAAUUUUGUCUCACUUCAACACAAAUUAAAUGUAACUUUAAUCCCUGGCUAGUUGUAAACAUGCAAAGAAAAGGUGUAUUUAUGUCUGGUGUCUGUCUCUCAAAAAUGUCUUCAAAAGAAUGGUUUUGCUCCUUUGCCUUGCUUUAUUCAACUAUGUGUUGGGGUUUUUAUGAGGAUGUCUGUGUGGGUACGUUUUGUAUGUGAGUAGGAGAAAGUGCUUAGAUAAAUGAUGAAAUAAUUACAAAUGAUAUGUGAGAUAGACGUGAACCGUGGCCUAAAAAGAUAAUUUGUUGCCGUCUUGAUUAUAUUUGUCAACUUACUGCAAUUUGUUUUAUAUGUGUGCAAAUAAACAUGUAUAUACCUAUAUGUAGAA